AUGUUUCUAUCUUCACAUUAUUCACUUCCAAUCAUUAACCCAUCUCCACAUUUUUCUUUACAUUACCAAGGAGUAAUUUAUGGAUCAAUAUACCAACCCUAAGUUGCACACUCAAAACAUUGUCCUUUUAUACACUUUGUACAUGCAGCCCAUCAUAUUAAAUGGUAUUACCAUCUUCACAUUUCUUCCACUCCUGUAAUAAUUCCAUCUCCACAAACAUCAGGACAAGGUAAAGUAGUUGAUGAAUCACAAGUUACACAUUAAGCUGGACAUUAAAAUUAGCAAUUAUAGCAUAAGUCAUGA